CUGAUUUUUUUUUUUUUUAAAUCUAUAUCGAUUUUGGAAUGUUGAAUUAUUGGUUCUGGAAUGUGUUUUGCACAAUACAUUGUAUGACACUUCUUUAGAUGAUAUUGAAUAUGUGUAUUCUGAUGACUUUGAAUUGCGUUUACUUUGAAGGAUACUAUAUUUCUGUCGCAGCUUCUGAUUUAUUUUAUUCAAGUAUGAUGAAACUUUGGUGGUUUGAUGCUUUAUCUUGGAUUUACAUAAAUAAUCGUAAUAGGAAUUAUCCUUCAUCUGUUCUUAAAAAUUUUCGUACCUUUGGUUUUAAUAAGCAAAGUCCACAAUACUGUUAGCUCUCCUCCUCUUCCUGUGCACGGUGCUUAAUCAUCGAUCACAAAUCACACCCUCUCCUUGUCUUCCUUGUUGCCACUAUACUUCAGAGAUAUGGUUGCUGAGUGGAAACUUGAAAGCUGUCUCAUGUGCAUGUGGUGUGCCCGUCAACCAGAUUGAAGUAACUGUUUUGACUUCUGAGUUUCUGAGUGAAGUUACUAUGAUGAAAUUUGAAGAUGGAAGAAGACAAGGAAAUUCAAGAAGUAGAUUGUUUAGUUUUCAUUGAUUUGUUGGAAGCGUACAGCAUAUGCAAUAGGGUAGAAGAGCAGCUUAACUUGCAUAUUAGUCAUGGUGGAAGUGUGGUGGACUCUGCUGGGGGCUGCAAUCCCGGCUGUCAUUGCAGGACAAGCUUUUAGAUUGAAGAAAAGGCAUGCUGAAGAGCAGAGGUUGAGAAGUGCAAGGGGAAGGGAGAAGAGUUCUGACGAUAUCUUCGUUUGUGAGCGGGUCUGUACGUCAAAGAGGAUGCUGAACAAGGUCGGCUCAUUCUCAAAAGACCCCAUUCCUGAUACUUGUGUCACUGUCUGUGGUGUCUCUGAGCUUGAUGCUUGUGCUGAUGCCUGUGCUCGUACUGUGUGUGUUAACCAGCAUCAAGUACCUAAUUGGAAUGACAUAUGCCUUCGGAGGUGUCAGAGCGAAUGCCUGAAACUAUCUGAGUCUCAUUCUUCUUAGGAGGUUUUCACUUGUAUGCAGAUAAUUAUGUUGUGAUAUUCUGAUUUGAGAUCCAUGUUUGGGUAUGGCUAUUAAUGUCUUUUGGCUGCCAUGGUACCUCCAAAUUUAGCAGCAUUGCUAAAUACUUGUAGACGGCAUCAUUCAAUUUCUAGUGCAUAAUCAAUCAGGUUCAAAACCACUUGCCAUUCGCUUACAA